AUGAUAAAAUUAGUUCGAACUUCACAGACAAUACAAUGUUUUAAAUGUGGAAACUAUGGACAUUAUGCAAAUGCUUGUAACUAUCUUCCUAAUAUAAUACAAUGUGAUUGGUGUGGCAGAGAUUCACAUGUAGAAGAUGAUUGCUAUGCAACUUUCGAUAUUAAUGGUGAAAUGUUAGAAUGUGCUCGAUGUGGACGAGAUUCACAUGUAGAAGAUGAUUGCUAUGCAACUUUCGAUAUCGAUGGUGAAAUGUUAGAUUGUGCUCGAUGUGGACGAGAUUCACAUUCUGCUGAUGAAUGUUAUGCAAAAUUUCAUAUCAAUGGACAAAGAUUAAAUUAA